AUGGCCAGAUUCCGCAGAAAAACCUGCAUCGCCUUAUCUCUCUUCACACUCUUCAUUUUCGGCACUAUGAUGGGUUUGAAGACACUGAAACCGACCGAUGGCUUCGGAGAGCUUGGCCCUGGACUUCACAGGUUGCCCUUUGCGGAGCGAGUGGACAGCAGGCGGCCCAUCUCGGUCAAAGCCAUCUUGAUGCUUCCCCCCACCGUGACCAAGGCGAACGCCGCCCACCUGGCAGGUUACCCUCCCACAAACUACGACAUCCACAUCUUUUACUACGGCUGGUAUGGCAACCCCCGCUUCGACGGGAGGUUCGUGCACUGGGAUCACCUGCUAGUGCCUCACUGGGACCCCAAAGUGGCGGCGAGUUACCCUAAAGGCAGGCACAACCCUCCUGAGGACAUUGGCUCCAGCUUUUACCCUGAACUGGGACCCUACAGCUCCCGGGAUCCCCAUAUCAUAGAGGAGCAUAUGAGACAACUUCGAUCUGCAGCCGUAGGUGUACUGGUGUUGUCCUGGUAUCCUUCUGGAUUGGAAGAUGACAACAGCGAACCGGUGGAUGACCUGGUACCUGCUAUAAUGGAUGCUGCAGACAGAUACAGUCUGAAGGUGGCAUUUCACAUGUUGCCUUACGCGGGGCGCAGCGACCACACUGUGUAUGAGAACAUCAAGUACAUUGUGGACAAGUAUGGAUCUCAUUCAGCCUUUUACAAAUACAGGACCAGCACAGGAAGAUUAUUGCCUAUGUUUUACAUCUAUGACUCCUACCUGACACUCCCAGCUGCCUGGGCCAACCUCCUCACAUCCUCAGGACCUCACAGUAUCCGCAAUACACCAUAUGAUGGCAUGUUUAUUGGGCUGAUAGUGGAGGAGAAGCACAAGCAGGACAUCCUGGAGUCAGGAUUUGAUGGAUUGUACACCUACUUCGCAUCCAACGGAUUCUCAUUUGGAUCAUCACACCAAAACUGGAAAACUAUCAAGAAUUUCUGUGAUAGCAACAACCUGAUGUUCAUUCCAAGCGUGGGGCCUGGAUACAUAGAUACCAGGAUACGCCCAUGGAACAAUCAUAACACAAGGAACCGGGUCAGUGGAAAGUACUAUGAAACCGCCCUCCAUGCUGCACUCACAGUGAGGCCAGAGAUAAUCUCCAUCACGUCUUUUAAUGAGUGGCAUGAGGGCACACAGAUAGAGAAAGCAGUGCCAAAGAAGACUGCACAGUACACCUACCUGGACUACCUGCCACAUGAGCCGAACCUGUAUUUAGUGUUGACCCACAAAUGGGCCAAGCACUUUUGCAAAGAGAAAGAACAAUGGCUGAUGUAAAGGCUUUAUGCACAAAAAGCUCCUCCUAAAAUACCUGCAACUGAACAUUGACUUUUGUUGUUUUAAGAAUAAAUUUACCAUGAGCCUUUUCUGAUC